CGAAAUUUUCAGAAAAAGGAAUAGCUGCAACCAAUUACUAAUACAUACCCUUGUCGCAAUGUCUUAACAAAUGAGCCCAUGUAACGUAGUUCAUGAAUACUCGUAUUAAAUGCUUUUGGAGAAUGGUUGUGUUUGCCUAGGGUGGAAGAAGGAACUCGUUAACUCGGGUCCGGGAGAACAGGGCAAAAGAGUAAUUGUGCCACCGUUCAAUCGACACCAACUCUUUCGAUGCCUUCAAAGCCUUAGGAAAAGAGAGAGCGUAGUCACUACAAGCCACUGGCUUUGGUCUAUGGUUGACACAACUCCUCAAUUAAUUGUCAAAAUAUCUUGUGAACACCGACUAGCAAGCACCAAAUUGGAUAUUCUACUUGUGAACACCAACUAGCAAGCACCAAAUUGAAUAUUCUAUCAGCUUCUCCACAUCCUAAAACAGUGAAUACUGAUUGCUGAGAGGCUUGCUGACUGCCCAAUAAAAACCUUGACAAAAGUUAAGUGGGUCCACUAACUAGGAAUGAAAUCAACGGUAGAUAUUCAAACGAACUUUAGCAAAGUCCAUCAUAAAUGCUCUUCACAUCUCAUGUACUAUGUUAUGGAAUGGUCACAUGUUUCUUUACAUAAAAGCUAUAUCAUGUUAAAAGUGGAUGUGUGGUAAGUUGAGGCCAGUAAGAGUAGUUUCAAUACAAUUCCACCUUCACCUGCCCCCACCCCACCCCCUAUCUGCCCCACUUUUGUACGGAACACCAAUCAGUAUUUUAGCUCAUCUUAACACCAAAACAUCUCCACUUAGUCACUUACUAGACUUCACAUAGGAGGAAAAGUAUGGAAGUGGUGGUCCUCACACGGAUGGACACUAACAAAUGGGAAGGGAAGAGAACCAUAAAUGAAGCCGAAGAGGAAGAGGAUGAACAUGAAAGUGUUGAAGAGGAUAACAAAAGGAAGAGGGUGUUGAGUCCCUCUGGGAGGAAGCUAUCUGGUGGAGGGUCAUCACAUCCUUCUUGUCAGGUCGAGCAGUGCACUGCAGAUAUGGCAAAUGCCAAGCCAUACCAUCGCCGCCACAAGGUGUGCGAGUUCCAUUCAAAGUCUUCAAUAGUACUUAUUAGUGGACUCCAGCAGCGAUUCUGUCAGCAAUGUAGCAGAUUUCAUCUGUUAGCAGAGUUUGAUGAAGCUAAAAGGAGUUGCAGAAGGCGUUUGGCAGGUCACAAUGAGCGCCGCCGUAAAAUUUCAUACGACUCCCAAGGAGAAAGUUUGAACUGAAGCAGCAUCAGCAUCACUGGCAUGGAAAUCACCUACUUUCUGAAGCAAAUUACACAAAGCGAUGUGGUUUAAGCAUGCUCUCUAUCUUCUGUCAAUUUCCGGAUUUCUAAGCAAAUUGUUAUUUGUGACCUUCAAUUUCUGGAAUUCUAGCUAAUAGAACUUCCAUUUCCUUAUGUAAGGGAAGGACGAAACGAAUAAGCCGCUGGCACUGUCUGCUAGUAUUUGAAAAAUGAAAUAUUUAUAGUCUGAAUGCAUAUCACAUGGUGCUCACAAGUCUUCCAUGUUGACAUUCCAACUCA